UUUCAUCAUCUCCUUCGCCAACGAAAAAAUCUCGCUCCCUCUCCCAGACACACUCGCCGGAGCAGAGAUGAAGAUAAAGAACAAGGGCAAAGUCCACCCAUCUCCCUCCUCCUCCUCCUCCGCCGCCGCCGCCGCCUCGCACCCUCCGUGCAGCGGCGCCGCCAGGGACGUCCCCUCCGUCAUGAAGCUCCUGCCCGCGGCCAUCCUCGCUCUCGCCUCCGUCCUCUCCCUCGAGGACCGCGAGGUCCUCGCCUACAUGAUCACCCGGUCCCUCGACACCGCGGCCCCCGCCGCCGCCGGCGGGCCCGGCAGGAAGAGGCCCCAGCCGUCUCGGAGGGGGCCCGCUGCGGCGGCGUCGCCCAGCUUCGACUGCGACUGCUUCGACUGCUACAUGAGCUACUGGCACCGGUGGGACUCGUCGCCCAACCAGGAGCUCAUCGACCAGGCCAUCGAGGCCUUCGAGGACCAUCUCGCCAGUGGCGAGCUCAGCAAGAGCAAGAACGGCGGCGGCCGAGGCAAGGCCAAGCGACGCGAGCGAGACAGCAGGAUGGCCCGUGGGGCCGCCUCGGGCAAACCCGAGCCGGAACCCGAACCCCAGAUGCCGGUGAUCGAGACUGCCACGCCGUCCGAGGCAGAGGACACGGUCGCUGCUUCGCCAGAGACUGAGGUGUUAGCUACGCCGGUGACCUCUCCGGAGAGGGCUGGAACGGAGAAGCUUCCCGAGGAGGCCGAGCUGAGCUGCCAGCUCCCGGCGGCGGCUCCGGCGGCUCAGGUAGCGGCUCAGUCGGUCGACGACGCGGCGGCGAGGAGGCCUCCGGCGGCGGCGGCGAGCAGCCACAAGGGUUUGGCGAGGAAGGUGCUGCCGGACGUGUUGGGGAUUCUGAACUCCCGUUUGUGGAGCCUUUGGAGUCCGAAUGUGUAGUCCAAGCAUCACAAAAAGUCCUCUGUUUUUUCAUUAAUUAAUCAAAUCAA